CAACAAUUCACAAAUGUCUGCUUCUCUGAUGGUGCAGGAUCCAAGGCCAAAAAAAUAUUUUCUUUAAGUUCGGCCCCAAAUGCAAGAAAAGAUGAGCCACAUGCAAGAACUAGACUCUGCCUCUCAGUUGAAUCUCAAGCCUGAGUUUGAAGGGUUGUCAUUCCCCCGGGAUACUGGGGAAAACUCCGGUUUUCAGGGCUUCAGCCCCAGAACUCCCCCCAAAGUCCCCUGCUGCAGCCAAGAUAAUCAUCAAAUGGGUAACUAUCCAAAUCGAGAAACCUCAUUACCGUCAACUACAUCAUUUCAAUCAACUACCUUUUGUGAGCAAAGAGAAAAUCACUCUGGCUUAAAAGACAGGUUUUUUGACACAAUGCAGAAUACGUCACAUCAACGAGAACCAGAUUCCCUGGUAUAUCUUGAUACCUCUGCUCAAAGAACAAAAUCACCUCCUAUCCAGCUGAUUGCACAGAAACCUGAUACCUUAGAACCAUGUCAAGAUGAAAGCCUACUAAAGAUGGAAUCUGAGACGUCAGAAAUUCAAUUGAUGACAACCCAUGGAAGAAGCUUCACAGCUGCAGCCCAUAAACUAUGGAAUGUCAUUCCCCAGGCAGGGGAUGAGGAAAAGCCACCAGACACUGGUGAUGACAGACAGGCCAAUGAAAAUGCAGCAGAAGUUAUCGUCACCAAGAAAGAGGAGAGAGAAAACCUGCGGAGGACUGUUUUCACAAAGAGGAAGCCAUUACCAAAUAUAAAGAGAUACCCUUGGAAGAAUAGCCAGGAAUCCAGAAUGAUGGAGGAAGAAACGCAAAGACUCAGGCCCAGCAUUCUGGAUUUUUUGAACAAGUAUUGUAUCAUUAAACCAGAACGUUUAUCAAUUUAUGAGAGAGUUUUUCUAAAGUACUGCAGUAAUGAGGACAGUGAAAUACCUGGAGACCAAAAAUUGACUGAAACCUCAAGCACAAAUUUUAACUGUAUCCCUGGUGGCUUUGACAAUGUAGAAGAAAUCUUUAUCCAGCAGAAAGCAAAAGAAAACAUAGAUGUUGGGAGAAAAAUCCAAAUGGUUCUUGAAAGUGGCUCCAUAUCAGACCAACUGGAAAAAACACAGUUUCAGAUUAAGCAGCUUUUGGGAAGGAAAAAGCAUAUUGUGGACACAGUACAAGACCUUCAAGAUCGGAGAAUGCAGUUCCUGGCUACAGUGAAUGAUCAGCAGUCCCAUGCAACUAAGCAGAAGGUGCAAAAGAAAAGGAAAAAGAUGAAUAACACACGGUUCCUUCAAGACUUGGAGGGGAAAGGAGAUAACCCCUGUGGACUUCCAUCCUGUAAGCUGCCCAUAGCUUCAGAUGUCCCACUGAAACAGGUAGAAGAAGCUACUAACAGCACUUGA